AUGCCGUUCGACCCGACACCGCGGAAACACUCCAAACUCACACCACUCGAUAUCGGCAAAAUGCAGGUCAUUUCCAUCAACGACUUCGACAGGGCGCAGGAGGCCCAACUUGAGUAUAUCAUGGACUCCGCGGUUGACCAGCUCGAGGGCUUCAACAAACCCGCCGCCGAGCGGCUCACUGUCGCCGAUGUCGUUAUCUGUUUUGGCCAACUCCGACUUCACGACGAACUACCACCACAGUUCCGAUUCGAUUUUGCACCGCCUACCACGUGCCGGCAAUGGCCAGGGCCGCGAUUCGGUUCAUUCUCUCUUCACAAGCCGCUGCCUUCGACGGGGAAGACCAAGGCGAAGUCGUCGAAGUGCAGCAAACAAUCUAAGAAGCACGCCCAACCCGAUGACUUCAAACAGAGCAUUCGGCCGCAGAAAGCACCGAAGCCUAAGAAGACCAAGAAGGUCGACGUGGCACCCGUACUGAUCUCGACGAAGACGUCACGGCACCCACCGCUCGAAUUGAUGAGCUUGCCGCCAGAGCUGCGCAACGCUAUCUGGAGUCUUUUGGCGGUGCAUGACGAGCCUAUUGAGGUGCAGCUGAGGCCCAUACGACCAUGCAAGAGGCCCAAAGAACUGCGCGGAGCGAUCAUUCGGCGCUUCCCACUCGAGCCUGUUGUGGCGUCUGUCAGUCGCCAGGUGCGGAGGGAGGUGCUGUCGAUUUUCUACGGAGACAACCGCUUCAUCUUGCAGAAGAACGCCUGCAACCUGUACAAUGGCCGCCAUAUGACUGAUCCGACCAUCAUGGAGAAGUGGCUGCCACGCCAGAACACGGCCAAGUUCCUCACACAUUUGGACAUCCGCUUCAACACGGUACCGCGUACGUUCAGAUCGAUGACGACAGUCUACACGCUCCGACGUCUGCCGGACGAUUCCAUCACGAUCAAAGUCAAGGUCGAGAGGGCUCUUGGCAAGACGCUAUCGCAGACGUCCCAGCCUUGCCUUUGCCACGAGCAGGAAAUCGUAUCGGCGAUGGAAGAUAGUGCCCAGCGGGACGGGAACCUGCUGGACAUGGCGGUGGCAUUGACGAGGAAGCGGCGUGAGAUGCUGUUCGGUGGCGUCGACUGGAAGAGAGGAAUCGUGUCACUCUAUACCAUCAAGGAGAGGACCUGCGAGAAGUGCAAGAAGGAGACGUUCGAGACUGUCUAUAGCAGUUGA